GGAACUCAGAUGCUGUGUUGAUUCUAGCGGCAAGAAAUAAAGUCUUGUACAAAUAGUUACAUAAUUGUCAUGAUUUAUAGACCUCAAUAAAAACUUGCUUAAGAUACGAGGACACUAUCACCCUGACGCUUUCAUUUGGCAGGAACAGUACGCACGCAAAAGAUGAUCUUCAGGAGACUGACGCCUCGUAACAUCACCCUCCUGCUGAGCUUCACGACCAUCUUUCUUUUGUACACCCCGAACCCGAUCAAUAUUACCACAGACUCCUUUGAUGAUUCGAUCUUGGAAGCUUCAUGCUCCUGUAAAACGUGCGUCAUGGGCUUUUUGGACGACGACUGGUUCGUUUAUCGAUACGACCCCACCAUUCCAGCUCUGCUCAACAGAAAAAACAGUGUGUUACGCCAAGACACCUACAAAUGGUGGAGGGGUCUACAGCCAUCCAAGUUCCGAGUUAACUACACAGAGGUGGUGGAUCAGAUGUUUUCCCUAUUUCCUGAUGAAGAUCACUACUCAGACGCCGGUCCAGACCGCUGCAGAACCUGUGCUGUGGUGGGAAACUCGGCAAACCUUCUGGGAUCCCAUUAUGGGUCUCUCAUAGAUUUCCAUGAUGUCGUCAUUAGGAUAAAUAAAGGCCCGACCAAAGGUUAUGAGAAGGAUGUGGGGUCUAAGACGACUCACCGGAUUCUGUAUCCCGAGAGCGCCAUGGACUUGGACAACUCCACCCAUCUUGUCCUUUUUCCCUUUAAGAUUCGUGACAUGCAGUGGCUCAUAAGUACCUUUACCACUAGACAUAUCACACGCACAUACACACGAGUCAAAUCUUCAAUCAACGCAGACGAGAACAAGGUGAUGAUCCUCCACCCAGCUUUCAUUAAAUAUGUCUAUGAGAAAUGGCUCCUGAAACAUGGCAGAUACCCAUCUACUGGCUUCAUUACAAUAUUAUUUGCCUUGCAUAUCUGUGAUCAGGUGAAUGUCUUUGGAUUUGGGGCUUCAAGUAAUGGAACCUGGCAUCAUUACUUUGACAAAAGUCGCACUCACUAUAAAGGCGGCCCUCAUGGUGGAGACUUUGAAAACAAAACAAUGCAUCAGCUUCAGCAGAGAAACAAGAUUUCCAUAUAUAAAGGGUAUAGAUAAAAAAAAGACUAGGAAAAUACAUAGUCUGUUUAUAUAUAUAUAAUUUUUUUUAAAACAUAUUAACUUGUGGAAAGAGAUAUGUUGUGGCCAUGUGAUCCUACAGUAUGUUGAGUGAUGUCCAUCCUAUGUUGGCCAAGAGUUUAAUGCAUUAACAAACCUUAUGAUUACCCCAGUUUUAAUAUGUUCAUGCAGGUUUGUUUACACAUUAAACAGAGAAACAAG